AUUUAUCUAAUACAUGUAAAAUUUUACGGCAAACGAUUUCUUGACUAAUAAAUAAAAAUAAAAGUCCAGAAAAUAUAUUGUCAAUCCACCGCAGUUUCAUUCAAUACUUUAUUGUGUCCAUACAUGUCCCUUACGGUAUAGGCAGAAAAAUUCUAUUAUCUAUACAGUAAUUUAUCUUUAGAAUUCUUGCUAAAUCCUCUCCAAAACAAUCAAUUAAGACUGAAACUUUACGAAUAUCCGUCGAGAUGACGUUGUCAGUCCGAAGCUGCCAUGCCGCGAGUAGACACGCGAUGUCCUCCACGAGCACUAUCUGUUAAACCAAGUAAAAGCUCAAACUUCUGGCGAUUCAUCUCAGUCGUCGCCAUAGCUGCUUUCCUCGUCGCCACAUAUUUCGUUUUAAAGAAACCAGAUUCUUUAGGAGACCCCUCGGAUCAGUUUGUCGUUAAAAAAAUUCCUAAAAUCUACACGAAGUUGGAAGGUGUCGAUCCUGAAGAACGUGAUGUGUUUCAAGGUUUCCGUACAUCGUUCCUACCACCAGAGGAGAUAGUUCUUGCUAGAACCAAUUCGAAGGCUGCAAGUGAAAUUUAUGAGGGCAAUGUAACUAGUGAUAUCUUUAUUUGGGAGAGUUCAGAUGAAGAACACGCUACGCCUACAAGAGUUAAGCGUAAAAGUCAUUUUACUCUUACUUCAGAAGACGAGAACCAAGAAAAUUUGUCACAUCAUAAACCUAAAGACGAAGGUAAUGAAAAUUAUGACGAUGGCAACAGUAAUGAAAGCGAAGUCGAAGACGAAUACAAUUCUUCUGAUUCAAGUGAUCAGUACGACGAUGAUGAAAAUAUGGAAAGUAUAAUACCUCCAGAAACACACGUGGAUCGUGGACCUCUGGAUGACGUGGUAGAGCAAGUGCGUGGACAACCAGAAUUAGAAGAAGAGGAGAUGGGUGCUUCUGCAAAUAUUUAUAAACCAGCGAGAUCAUAUACAGGAAUACAUGCAUUUUGGAAAGGACAGGGAGACAAACACACCAUUAGAAAUACCCAAGCAAAUAUAAUGAGGCAAUAUAUGGAUGCAGAAGCCGAUCCUUGUCAUGAUUUUUAUCAAUAUGCUUGUGGAAACUGGGCUGCAUCAAAUCCAAUACCUGCUGAUAAGGCCGGUUAUGAUACAUUUGAAAUGUUAAGAGAAAAUUUGGAUACAGUGUUAAAAGAAUUGUUAGAAUUUAAAUCUAACGACCAUAUUACUAGUAAAUAUCCAGGCGCUAAUUUAGAUGUCGAUGAUAGCUUCAUAACUAAAAUACUACCACCUGAUGACAGCGAUCCAUUAGAAACAAAUAAUUUAUUAAAAGAUAUAGUUAUUACCGUUUCGGGUAAAAAAUUGAACAAAACUGCAAUAGAAGAACAUUACUAUAAUACAAACGAAAAAUCUGAUAUAGUGGAUCGUAUUCGUAGAUAUUUAGACAAAAAAUCACGAAAAAUCAUAAAACCAAUGUCUAAUGUCAAAAAUAAAUUUCGCCAUUAUCUUUCAAAUGAUAAAAAACAACAUCAAGAGAGAUUAAAAAAAAUCAAUAUGUAUAUUCAAGACAGGCUCCGUGAAAGGCGAGAACUUUCAAGACAAUACAUAGUUAAAACUAGGUAUGGAAGGAAACUCUUAAUGCAUAAUACACUUUUAAAAAGAACUAUAAAACGCGAAGCAGCUACUAACGGUAAAGUAAUGACUUAUAAUGACCCAGCCAAUGGAGAUGCUGCAUUGAAAGCUAGGUUCUUAUUCAAAUCUUGUAUGAACUAUGGAAUCUUACAAAAAAGGGGCCAUAAACCACUUUUAGAUUUAUUGGAACUUUUGGGUGGUUGGCCAAUAUUGAACCCACAAUGGAAUGAUACAAAUUUUGACUGGUUGGAAUUAAUGGCAAAGUUACGAUUAUAUAACAAUGAUAUUUUAAUAUCAGAAUGGGUUGGGCCGGAUAUUAAAAAUUCAGAUGAAUUUGUUAUCCAAUUUGAUCAAACUAGCUUAGGUUUACCAACCAGAGAUUAUUUUCUUCAAGAUGCAAACAAAGUUUAUUUAGAAGCUUAUAAAACUUAUCUUACUAAGAUAGCACUUUUACUUGGCGGAGAUCCUGUGCAUGUGAAGUUAAACACGGAUGAACUCAUUCAGUUUGAAAUCAAGUUAGCUAAAAUAACUUCAGCGCCAGAAGACAGACGUAAUGUUUCAGAAUUGUAUAAACGGAUGCCUCUUCACAAAUUAGAAGAAUUAGUUCCAGAGAUCAAAUGGAGACGAUAUCUAUGUAUUGUAAUGAACCGGACAGUACAACUUGAUGAAACUGUUGUAUUAUUUGCACUUAAUUAUGUCAGGCAUUUGGUUCAAUUGAUAAAGGAGACGGAAUCGAGCACUUUGUCAAAUUAUCUUCUGUGGCGAUUUGUGAGACACAGGGUCAAUAAUCUGGACGACCGCUUUCAAUCAGCUAAACAACAAUUUUACUUUAUACUAUUUGGUCGGGAACAAGCUCCUCCAAGAUGGAAAAAUUGUAUAUCCCAAGUAAACUCUAACAUGGGUAUGGCAUUAGGAUCAAUGUUCGUAAGAAAGUAUUUUGACGAGAUGAGUAAAAAUGAUACAUUAACAAUGACCAGAGAAAUACAGCAAUCAUUUAGAGAACUCCUUCAUAUGACUGACUGGAUAGAUGAUAAGACAAAAAAUUUAGCUGCUCAUAAAGUAGAUGCCAUGAUGCUUAGAAUAGGGUAUCCUGAUUUUAUUUUAUAUAAACAGGAACUGGAUGAUCGGUAUAAGGAAGUAAAGAUACAUCCAGAUAAAUAUUUUGAAAAUAUCCUAAAUAUAUUAAUACACCUUACAAAAAUGGAACAGUCACGCAUAGGACAACCAGUAAACAAAACUUUAUGGAAUACAGCGCCAGCAGUUGUGAAUGCUUACUAUAGCCGUAACAAGAACCAGAUUAUGUUUCCAGCUGGCAUUUUGCAACCUCCCUUCUACCACAGACACUUUCCGCGGUCUCUAAACUAUGGUGGAAUUGGAGUUGUCAUUGGACAUGAAAUAACUCACGGAUUCGACGAUAAAGGUCGCUUAUUUGACAGUGAUGGUAAUCUCCAUCGAUGGUGGUCAGAUUCAGCUAUUGAAGCAUUUCACCGUCGGGCCCAAUGCCUCAUAGAUCAGUAUGGGCAAUAUGUAGUACCAGAAGUUAAUAUGAAGCUUGAUGGAGUAAAUACACAGGGAGAAAACAUAGCAGAUAACGGUGGUGUAAAGCAAGCAUUCAGAGCUUAUCUACACUGGAUUCAGAAACACGGUGCUGCUGAUGAAACCUUACCAGGACUCAAUCACACGCACACACAACUAUUCUUUCUUAAUUUUGCACAGGUAUGGUGCGGCGCAAUGAGACCAGAGGCGAUGCGGAACAAACUGAAGACAGCGGUGCAUUCACCAGGAAGGUUUCGCGUUAUAGGCACCCUCUCAAAUUCCCACGACUUUGCAAGAGAGUUUAGUUGCCCGCCAGGUUCACCCAUGAAUCCCACAGAUAAAUGUACCGUAUGGUGAUUAAGAUCUCAAUUAUUUGACCAUUUAAAUGAUACAGGGUAGAUUAACGUAAAUACCUAUGUAAUUUUAUAGUCAUAAAGUUGUUUGUGGCACUUUUCGUGGCUUUGACUUUAGCCAAAGGAUGAUCUUCAUGAAACGAAGUGCAAACUUAUUUCUCCCUAAUUUUAUUGUAAGUACUAUAAUUUUCUUCUUAUAAAACUUCAGUACAUAUAGAUAUAAACUUGAUUUACGUUGCUUUGAUAUGAUAAUAAUCACAAUAUUGAUAUACGGAUUGCAAUGAAAUAAGUAUAACGACUCAAAGAGACAAUAUUUGAUUCAUCAUGGUGGUAAAUUAAAAGCAAAAGAUUGAGUUAAAGGGCCUUGCAAUUGAAAUAAAUCUGAUUCUCACUUAUCUAACCAAAGUAUAACGGAACUAUCUGCUUAGUUUAAGAAAAGUAGCUAAGUUCUGAAGUUAUCUGGAGAAAAAAAUAAGAUUAUCAGUGUUACUAUAAUUAGAAAUAAUUUAAGAAUUCAAUCGUACAUAAUGGGUAUGGAAGAUAAGCAGAUAGAUAAGGGAGAGCACUAAGCUAUUAAAAAAUAGGAGUUAUCAAAAUUCUCAGACUCGAAAUUGUUAAACAUAUCGUUGUGUUGUUACACAUAAAUUUGAACAACGUAAGUAGUGUUAGAAAUAGAAAUCGCAAGGAAUUAAAGAUGAGACAUGUUAACAUACAUUCAUUUUAUUACCUACUUUUAUAAUAGAAGGGUUUUAAAAAAACUAAACCAUGCCAAAGUAAAAAUUUGUGAUAUAUUUAUAAAUGUUAUGUAAUAUAAUUUAUGUUAAUUUC